AUGAAUGAACAAGAACAGUUCACAACUGGUAACAUACUCGAAAAACAAAGACCAAUACUAGAGCGAAUCAGCGGUAGUCAAAGUGUGUGUGCGUGUAGUGGUAGGGCGUGUGGUGCGCGUGCGUGUAGUGGCAGGGCGGCACGCGCGGGCGCGGGCGCUAGGGCGGCGCGCGGCGCGGGCGCGGCGGCGCGCGCGACACCAGCACCAGCGCCGACGCCAGCGCCAGCCGCACCGGCGCGCGCGCGCCGCCCGGCAGCCUGCGGGCGCACGGGACACUGUUACGUUAUCUUACUUAUAUAUAAC